ACAGACUUGAACAGAGUCUUAGAGGCUCCCAACAACAAUACACAAUUCUGGAUCUCCCGUCCCUUUGACCAAAACGAAAACCUGAAGAUGUUCGUUGCAGCUCAAUGCGUCUUCCUCUAACGCCAAUCUCAGUGGUCUGUCUCAGGUGGCUCCCCAACUAAAAAGGCUGUUUUUUUGUUUGUCUCUAAAUGGUAGUUGUCGAAGCUUCCAAGCUCAAACUCCCAACCCCUUCCAUCUCCUCCUUCCCACCCCUCACAACCUCUCUUCUCUUCGAACCCCAGUCCCUCUCUCUCGCCCUCAUGCAUUCCGACUCUUCCUUCUCUCUCUACCCGUCCCUCUCCCCUCUCUCCCUCUCCUCGCUCCCUCCCCCCCAAACCCUAAUCCCUUCGCCUUCUUCCUCCUCCACCUUCCUCCUCCUCCAAAACCCUAGCCCUAAUCCACGCGCACUCUUUGUUGUGUCCGGUCCGUACAGAGGCGGGUCUUCCGUGCUACUCCGGUUCUAUGUUCUACUGCGGAAGACCAACUCGUUCGCCAGAGCUCGGCUCGUUUGCAAUCAGAGAGGCCUUCGGUUCGAUGACAAAUUGGGGGUUUUGGUGGAUGUGAAUCACGGGGUUUCGGUUCGGCUCUCCGGGUCGGUCAAUUUCUUUGCCAUGCACUCGGUUUCGAGCUCGAAGAUUUUUGUUUUCGCGGUGAGAACUGUGGGUGACGAUGGUGACGAGGAUGGUGGCGAGGACGGGGUGGUUUUGAAAUUGAUGAGGUGUGCUGUGAUUGAGUGCUCGAAGCCCGUCUUCUCGAUCAGCGUCUCGUCCGGGUUCUUGAUUUUGGGGGAGGAAAGUGGGGUUAGGGUUUUCAAUUUGAGGCCCCUCGUGAAAGGGCGGGUUAGGAAAGUCAAUAAUUUGAGUUUGAAUUCGAAUUUGGGUAUGAAUUUGGCAAAUGGGAAAUUGGAGAGUCGAGGAUUUCAUUUGCCAAAUGGUCUGAUUGGCGAGGAUUAUGCGAAGCAUGGAGGUGGCAAAAAUGGCGGUGAAGGAGCUUCAUGGAUCACUCGGAAUGGUUACCUGGAUGGGAGGGUGGAUAAGCAUUACCGAUCUGUCAAGCAGAGCUCCAUUAAAUUGAGACAAGAUUCCAGUGAAGGAGGUGCAUGUUUUGUGGCAUUCAGAAGUGGUGAGAUUGGAUCCUCGGCAUCUACAAGAAAGCUUCAGAUGUCAGUAAAGGCAAUUUCCAUUCAGGCGUUAUCUCCCAAAAAGUUUGUAAUCUUGGACUCAGUUGGAGAGUUACACCUAUUGCACCUAUCCAAUUCUGUCAUUGGAUCAGAUUCAUCUUGUCACAUGAAGCAGUUGCCCCACAUUAUGGAAGUGCAAAAGCUGGCUGUUUUUCCUGAUGUUUCUAUUAGAAACCAAACUGUUUGGAUAUCAGAUGGAUGUUAUUCUGUGCACAUGAUGGCAGUAUCUGACAUGGAUGCUGCUGUUAAUGAGAAUGGCAGAAAUGAGAGUGAAGAAAAGUUAAUGCAAAUCUCAGUUAGUCAGGCAAUUUUCACUGGUGAAAAGAUGGAAGAUUUUACUCCUUUGGCUCCGAACGCUGUUUUGAUUCUUGGACAAGGAAACUUAUAUGCGUAUGCGAUUUCCUGAAGUUACUCAGGUUCUUGGUGAUUAUAUCAUUUUUAAUGGGCAUCUAUGUACCAGGGGAUUCUAGAUGAUGUCUGCCAGUUUGAGUGGGUUCCUGGAUCAAUUGUUCUGUUUACACAUCAGUUGUCAUGCGUCCUAUGAUUACCAUGGUUCCGGUGUCAUCAUUUGAUUGAGUCAUGAGCUGCAGUUGGCUUGUGGUGCUCGAACCUUAAUGCUGAGCUCUUGAAGGAAGUACAGAAUCAUGGGAACCAGUUGGGUAAUUGUCACGGAGUUCUGAAUUAUGAAGAUAAAAAUCUUUUAACAAACACAAAGCCACCUCUGCUAUGCGGCCUGCCUCCAUUAGCUUCCCCACUUUUGGAGCAUGCAUCAAGUCUUAAGGUUAUCUACUGCAGGACUCAGCCAGAGCAUUCAACAACAUUGGCGGUGAUAUGAGACUGCAUAAUAAGUUGCUUAUCUGUUGCAAGAUAGUGUCUGAUUUGGAUGAAACUCCAUCAUAAUAAUUCUUGACACUAUCAGGUCUUAAAA